AUGGACGCUUCCACGAUAACAGUGCACUGGCACGAUGACAACCAGCCGAUCUACUCACUCGACAUCCAGCCGCAACAGCAGACGCUGCCCACCACAGAUGAACAGCCCUACUCGAGAUUAGCCACUGCAGGAGGAGACAACAACAUCCGAAUAUGGGGCAUAUCCACCACGAGCCCAAAUCUAGUCGAGUACCGCUCGACCCUCACAAAGCACAGCCAGGCAAUCAACGUGGUGCGGUUCAACCCCUCCGGAACCACCAUCGCCACCGCGGGUGACGACGGCACGCUAUUUCUCUGGAAAAUGAGCAGCGUCAUCAUCCGCAACUUGGACAAUGAAAACGACCAAGACUUGAAAGAGAGCUGGUAUGUCGUGGGCACCAUACGCUCCUCGACCGCGGAAGUCAUGGAUCUCGCCUGGAGCCCCACCGGCGACUACAUCGUCACGGGGUCCAUGGACAACACCAUGCGCGUCUAUAAAUUGACCGACACCGGCAAGAAGAAAAUCGACGCAGUGAUGAUCGCGUGUUUCACCGACCAUCUGCAUUAUAUCCAGGGGGUCGCGUGGGACCCCAGGGGAAGAUACAUUGCUAGCCAGUCUGCUGAUCGAAGCAUGAAUGUUUAUGAAGCCGUGGGCGGUACUUUGGAUGUCAAAUUGGUGCACAAGUUUCAGACUUUUAGGAAUCGCGCUAUAUAUUGUCUGGAAACCUUGCCCAGCUUUUUCCGACGAUUGGCGUUUUCGCCCGAUGGCUUGUUUUUGGUUACCCCUGCUGGGUUAGAGGAAAGUGGCGCUGAGAAAGCUGCCGAGUCCACCAAUACCUCAACUGAUCCGAUGGAGCCACAACAGCCAAAAGAGCCACAAGAGCAACCUCAACUGGUCUCCCCACCCGCAACUUUCAAAUACUCCAUCUACAUCUACGCAAGAUCUAGAAUUUCAACCAGCCCCGUCAUCAAACUAUGCGGACUAUCCAAACCGGCAGUGGCAGUAUCUUUCAGCCCCGUGAAAUACACCACCACCAACAACACCCAGGGUAACUCGCUAGAUAUACCAUAUAAGCUAGUUUUCGCCGUGGCCACCCUCGACACCGUCAUCAUAUACUCGACAGAUGACGCCUUCCGCCCCUUGGGACAAGUCAGCAAUCUCCACUACCAGCCGAUAACCGAUCUAGUGUGGCUGCACGACGGCAUGAGACUAAUCGCGAGCUCCGUCGAUGGCUUCUGCUCAACUAUAACAUUUGAAGAGGGGAAAUUCGGCCAAGUAUACACUGGUCCCGAUGUAGCCAUACCGGAAAAGAAACCAACCAAUACUACAACCACCCCCACGAUAACAACAGAACCAGAGAAGAAGCAAGAGGACAAGCCGAAAACUAUUGAUUCAUUCUUCAAUACCGAUAAAAAAGUAACCAAGAAAGCUAAAAAACGAAUCACACCAACUCUAAUCCAAUAA